AUGAAGAACGAGACUGUCCAGUUCAUCAACAGCCUCUCCUCCUCUGUGGCCAGCCAUGGUCACUCGCACGAUCACGGGGAUGCAUCGCAUUCGCAUGGCGCCGGCGAACAUGGGCACACACACGAGCAUCUAGAGAAUCCCGGGAAGUAUGCUGAGCGCGAUUUGCCCGACUACAGCGCCCGCAACUUCGAGGAGCGCGGCUUCACAAUUGGCAUCGGCGGGCCCGUCGGCUCCGGAAAGACCGCACUGACCCUCGCGCUGUGCCAGCGGCUGCGCAAGGAAUACAACAUAGGCAGAACCCCGCUCAACUCCGAUGCACAUAUAGCCACGGUCACGAAUGACAUCUUCACGCGCGAAGACCAGGAGUUCUUGAUCAAGAACAAGGCGCUGCCGGCCGCGCGCAUCCUCGCGAUCGAGACCGGCGGCUGCCCGCAUGCUGCGAUCCGCGAGGACAUCAGCGCGAACAUGGGCGCGCUGGAGACGCUGCAGGCCAAGUACGGCUGCCAGAUGCUGUUUGUCGAGAGCGGCGGCGACAACCUGGCAGCGAACUACUCGCGCGAGCUGGCGGACUACAUCAUCUAUGUGAUUGACGUCUCGGGAGGCGACAAGAUCCCGAGGAAGGGCGGCCCCGGGAUAUCGCAGUCAGACCUGCUGGUGAUCAACAAGAUCGAUCUGGCGCCGUUUGUGAACGCCUCUCUCGCCGUCAUGGACCGCGACUCGAAAUUGAUGCGAGGCGACGGACCCACCGUGUUCACGAGCGUCAAGGAAAAGACCGGCGUAGACGACGUCGUGGAUCUCAUUCUGGCCGCAUGGAGGGGCGCGGGCAGCCCAGGCUCGGCGGGCGCGGUCGGGGAUGACGUAUGA